CUGUGCGUUGCUCCUCUCCUCCGCCCAAUCUCUCUCUCUCUCUCUCCUCCCAUCUGCCCAAUGCUCUCUUCCUCCUCAAACCACAGCAAAACCCUCCUCACUCCUCCCCUCUCCUCCUUCUCCCACAAACCCUAACCGCCAAUUCCUCUUCCGCCACCUCCUCGGCCAAUCAAUCGACCCCAGAUGGCCUCCCGGGACCAAGCCCUAUCACUCCUAGCCGCCGCAAACAACCACGGCGACUUGGCGGUGAAGCUCUCGUCUCUCAAGCAGGUCAGGGACAUUCUCCUCGCCGUGGACCCUUCCCUCGCAUCAGAGCUCUUCCCUUACCUUGCCGAGCUCCAGUCCUCGCCCCAGAGCCUCGUCAGGAAGUCUCUCGUCGAGAUAGUGGAAGAGAUUGGGUCGAAAGCAAUGGAAUACUUGGCAGUAUUGAUGCCAGUCUUACUGGCAUUAUUGAGAGAUGCUGAUCCAGAUGUUGCAGCACAGUCCGUCAUCAGUGGCACGAAGCUCUUCAGUGGUAUUCUCGAGGAGAUGGCAGUGCAGAUGCAUCACCGAGGAAAAGUCGAGAGGUGGCUUGAAGAUCUUUGGACGUGGAUGGUUAAGUUCAAAGAUGAUGUGUAUACCAUUGCAAUUGAGGUAUUUGGAGAACGUAUAUGUGGAUUUCAUCAGCUGGUCAUGACAUCCGAGUUAGAUUCAUUGUUGAUGGCCCGAAUUCUAACUAAUUGUGGACAUGGAUAGUUUUCUCAUCUUCUGUUUUGUAACCAUUGUGCAAGAUGGAUAGACAUUGGAGCUGUACAAAAGUUAUGCAGUGAAAUGUCUACGGUUACUUUGUUGUAAAAGGUGCUUGAUAAUUUCACUUUCUAAAAGAUAGACUGAUAAAAUGCAAUCCCGAAAGAAUUUCAGCCAAGCUGCUUUGGAACUUUACUUCCAAUUUCACUUGGUGUGGUA